UUUUUUUACCAAACCUGAGAGCUCACAUGAGACGUGAGCUUUUCUGAUCAUGUCCAUCAUCUGUCUGUAAACUUUUCACAAUUUUGACUUCUUGAAAACCUCAGGGUCAAUUUCAUCAAGACUUCACACAGAUUACCCUUGGGUGAAGGGGUAUUCAAGACAGUUACAUUAGAGUAGUGAACAUUUUCUAAAGGGAUUUCAUAAAAGAGAUCAUGUACACUACAGUUUCACAUAGUUUGUCUCAUAUAUACAAUUAUAUGAAGUACACAGCAUAAAGGGUUGUGCAAUUUUUCAAUUUUUAAAACUCUUUAGUUAAAAUCUUAAUUUUUGUAAACAUUUUUCUUUCAGAAAACAGAACACAGCUUUAGACAAAAAUUUUUUUUUGACAACUUAGUACCGGUAUGUGUAUCGGAAAGAUAAAUAUUUGGCAUAAAUGUAUUUUAUCCAAGCCCACACUUGCUGUUUUCUGAAGAAGAAACUGUUUGAAAAAUAACCAUUUUAUUCCAAAAUACUUAAGAUAACAGCAGUCGUCAUGUUUAUGGUGUCAUAAAUUUAAUUUUAUGUCAUUUUGAUAAAGUUUGGAAAAAUAACUGAGUUGCAUUUAUAUUCUUACACAGAAGAUGUCUAAUUUUGAAGCUGUAAAUUUUUUAUAUCUAAUCUUGAAACUGUCAGUUUUGGUAGGCAACCUUAUUAUUUAUAGUCCUUAAACAUAGGGAAUUCUUAGAAAAAAUCUUCUCAAGGACCACCAGGAAUCUGUAUGUUAAAUUGAUAAGCAAGAGUCCUCAUGUAGUAUAGAUUCUUGUUUCACACCAUAGCCACAGGGGCAAGGGUGGGACCACAGGAGCAAGGAUGGGGUCACAGUGGGAAUUUCAAAAUUUUGCAUAGGAAUUCACAUGUAUACAUGCACAAAAACCCUCCUUAAAUAUCUUCUACUCAAGAACAAUCAGGUUAUAGGUGAGCAUCCAAAUUUAAUUGUUUGCUAGUUUUAUUAUAGUUUGAAAAUCAUCACAAGGAUCAAGCUCGAGUCACAGUCGAGAUAAGAGAGUGCAUUAACAACUAUACUGUCCAUGGACAUAAUGAUGUAUUUAUCCAUGAAUGUUUACAAACUCAAAAUACAGACUACUUUCUAUAAUCAAAAUGCAAUUAGACCGUCAUGUAAUAGUUACUGUAUAUGAUGUAAAUAUGAUACAGGAGGUUGCAAAAGGCAUGAAUAAAAUGCCCAAUUAUAUCAAAUUAGGUCCAGGAAAAUACCCUUAGUAUGAUUAGUACCUCAUUUGUUAUUUUUUGUCAAAUGCAUGUCAUGGGAGUUGGCAGGGAAGCCUUUAUAUAUAUACUAUGCAAUUUGAUACUCCUCAAACACGAUCUAAAUUAAUGUACUCAUUUGUAAUACACAUAAAUAUUCAUGUUCCACCAUGAGUCUGUUUAUGGAGUUUGAAAAUAAGGUACAAUUGGUGUACCAUUCGUACAUAACACAUCAGUGCUAAAAAUUUCUGACAUCAGAAUAAAUUUGCAUUCCAAAUUUGACACUUAUGAACUUUACCAAGCAACCAGUCAAUGAAAUGAAAUGCUGUGAUUUGUUGGUUAUUAGAAUAAUGAAAUGCUUUUUUAGUUCAUUAAACGGGACAGGAAGAUCACAAAGCGUUGCAGAGAAUAUUUGCAGAACCCGCUAAUACAAAUUUUCUGUGCAAUGUUUGCGACCUUCAUAUCUCAUUUAAUAAACCAGAUAAAGGCAUUUUAUUCCUCAUCUUUUUCUGUAUUUUUUAAAAAAUAUAAAUACUUUUAAGUAUGUAAAAUACAGGUAUUGUUAACUUGUAAGUUAUUUAAAUUUAGCAGCUGAAUCUUGUAUCCACUUUUAGCUCACCUGAGCUAAAAGCUCAAGUGAGCUUUUCUGAUCACCCGUAUUCCGGCAUCUGUCCGUCUGUAAACUUUUAACAUUUUUAACUUCUCAAAAACCACUGGGCCAAUUGCAACCAAAGUUGGCACAAAGCAUCCUUAGGUAAAGGGAAUUCUAAAUUGUUAAAAUAAAGGGUUAGGCCACCUUCCAAGGGGAGAUAAUCAAGAAAAGGUAAAAAUAGAGUAGGGUCAUUAAAAAAUCUUCUUCUCAAGAACCACUGGGCUAGAAAAGAUGAAAUUUAUAGAUGAGCUUUAUUAGGUAGUGCAGAUUCUAAAUUGUUAAAAUCAUGGCCCCCGGGGGUCGGAUGGGGCCACAAUAGGGGAUCAAAGUUUUACAUACAAAUAUAUAGGAAAAAUCUUUAAAAAUCUUCUUCUCAAGAACCACUGUGCCAGAAAAGCUGAGAUUUAUAUGAAAGCUUCCUGAUAUAGUGCAGAUUCUAAAUUGUUAAAAUCCUGGCCCCCGGGGAUCGGAUGGGGCCACAAUAGGGGAUCAAAGUUUUACAUACAAAUAUAUAGGAAAAAUAUUCUUCUCAAGAACCACUGUGCCAGAAAAGCUGAGAUUUAUAUGAAAGCUUCCUGAUAUAGUACAGAUUCUAAAUUGUUAAAAUCCUGGGCCCAUAUUCACAAAAUAUCUUACGACUAAGAUGAAAAACAUAAUUCUGUCUGAUAAUCAAAUACCGAUCCCAAGGUCACAAGUAUGUAUUCAACUUUUAUAAACUAUGGAUGUACUUUACAUAUUAAUUAAGAAAGGCUACUAUCAAUGAAAAAUAAGGAAAUUACCGUGUUUGUAAAAUUUGAUCUUAGUCGUAAGAUAUUUUGUGAAUAGGUGCCCUGGCCCCCGGGGGUCGGAUGGGGCCACAAUAGGGGAUCAAAGUUUUACAUACAAAUAUAUAGGAAAAAUCUUUAAAAAUCUUCUUCUCAAGAACCACUGAGCCAGAAAAGCUGAUAUUUACAUGAAAGCUUUCUGAUAUAGUGCAGAUUCAAGUUUGUUCAAAUCAUGGCCCCUGGGGGUAGGAUGGGUCCACAGGGGGGGAUCAAAGUUUUACAUACAAAUAUAUAUGAAAAAUCUUCAAAUAUCUUCUUCUCCUGAACCAUUGGGCCAAAGAAGUUCACAUUUACAUGAAAGCUUUCUGACAUAGUGUAGAUUCAAGUUUGCAAAAACUAUUGCAUCCAGGGGUAGGUUGGGGCCAUAAUAAGGACUACGGUUUUACAUGCAAAUAUAUAUAGAAAGUCUUCUGAUAUGGACCAAGGUGACUCAGGUGAGCGAUGUGGCCCAUGGGCCUCUUGUUGGUAAUGAUUUCCAUAUUUGACGACGGUAAAGGUAAAUAGUCCAAGAAGGGCAAACUCUAAUCUCAUAAUAUAAACCAUCAUAUAAAAAAAAUAAACUUUAUUUAUUAUAUUAAAUUCAAAUUCAAGGUAAAAAAUUAAUCAGAAAACAUAUUUUCCUACAAUUUCAACAAUUCUGCAAAAUAGGUCGCAGAAUUUGUAGAAUGUGUAUAUUCACACAUGGACAGGCGACAUUAAAACCCAGAUCGUACUAAAUUGAAACAUAGUGUGUCUUCAUAGCUUUAAAUGAUAAGCAAUGGAUUUCAAAAGAAAUUAAGUAGAAUACACACAGUAGAUGUAAAUAUUAAGAGGUUACAAUUGAUUAAAGAAAAACAUACUAAUUUUCAUUUGUUUUUAGAAAAAUCAUGUUGAAUUAAUGUAAUUAAUGUAAAACAUGUAUCAUAAUCUUCCUUUUUUAGCAUACCUGAGCCAAAGACUUAAGUGAAGUUUUCUGAUAAAGUGAUUGUGGCCCCACCCUGGCCCCAUGUUUAAUUUGUCAAAUUACUUACAAACGUCUUUGUGUUCUCUACUGUAGAGUCAAGUUUGUUCAAAUUAUUACCCCUGUAGGCCAGGGCAGAACCACAAGAGGGGACAUAAGAAUUUGUAGGAAAGUCCAUUAGAAAUCUUUCCAUGAACAAGGGUACAUUUGGGGGCAGGGUAGAGUCAGAAAUGGCUUUAAUAGAGGAAGGAAGAUGGUUUCUCCUUUCGUUUAAUUAUUGCUUUUCUGUCCAUGUCAGAUAUUACCAGAGUGUUUAAAUAUUUUGGUUAGAGAUUAGAGGAAAGGGCCAGAGAGGCAAAGAGUCAGCUGUUUGUCAUGUGUGACAGGGAACAGAAAAUAGCAACAGAGAAUGAGGCACUGAGGGCAGAACUUAUACAGAAAAAGAAACAGUAUAACGAAAGCCUGUCUGUCAUGCAGGCCGGCAUCACCAGACUACAAGAGGAGCUUCAACAGACUAAAGAUUCCGAAGCAGAGGAGCAGAAAGAUUUAUGUAACCAGUUAAUUCAAGUUCAGUCUGAGCAGAGAAACGCAAGAAGUGAUUUAGAUGAAACCAAAGCACUUCUAGAGAUUCAGAAAAACUUAACGAAAGAGUAUCAGGCAAAAAUCGCAGAUCUUGGACAAUAUAAAGAAAAAUAUGAGAAAGCAGAACAUAGAAUUAAGGAACUUGAGUUUAAAAUCAGCCAGUCAGAAGAUGAUGCUGUCAUUAACAGAUCAAUGAGAGAGAAAUUGGUUUCAGUAUCAAGGCUUGAAAAUGAAAUUCAGAAAUUAAAAGAGGAAAAUGAUCACCUCAGAGAAACCCAAGAAAGCAACCUUCUUUUGAAAGAGCAGGCAGAAAAUGUGAAACAAAAACUUGAGAGAAGUGAACUUCGCUGUGAAAGAUUGUCCCAAUUGGAAGCUGAGAAUGAGGAAUUGAAGGAGAAACUUCAGAAAUGGGAGGAGGUCAAGACAGACAAUGGAUUUCCACAGACACCAUGGCAGUUAAGUCAGAGACUAGCACAUCUACAGGAAUCCCACGCAACUAUGUUGGAAAAACAGGGACACCUCCAGUCAAGUUUGCACAUGAAAGAAGAAGCACUUAAAAAGGCUUCACAAACACAGGAAAACUUGGUUGCACAGCUUACCACAGAAAAAUCAAAAACUCAGCAACAGACUCAAUUUAUAAAAAGGCUGCAACGAAAACUUCUUCUCAUAUCAAAGGAGAGAGAUAUGUACAAGGGUUUGAUAGACUCUUAUCAAAGUGAGGUCACAGUGAACUUAUCUGCCACUGCAUUGUCAAGAAUGCAACAGCAAGAGGAAAUUUUACAGAGUUACAAGAAACAGAUGGAAUCCAUGGAAACCGAACUGCCUAAAACCCUCUCUGGACCAGAGACACUCUCACGCACAGUAAAUGCAACAUCGCAAGAAGUUUCUCAAGCAGAGGAAAAGUGUGAUCAACAUCUCAUCUUACAGUUGAGGGAAAGAAUUGCUUUUCUGGAGAAAGAACUUGAAAAAGCAACAGAGGAGAAGUGCACCUUAGAGGACAGAAUAGAACAGAAGCAUUUACAGGGAGAUUACGAUCCCACCAAACUGAAGGUUCUACACUUUUCCAUGAAUCCUGCAGCCAUGGCCCAGAAGAAGCGAGCAGAAGAGCUAACCAAAUUAAGGGAAGAAAAUAUCCGCUUGAAGAAGAGAGUGGAAGUGUUGGAGGAGUCAAAGGGGCAGACCGUAGAUGUAACAUUUGAGGUAGAUCAAAAAAUGUCUGAGGCAUCCUCCUCUAAAGAAGUGGAAGAAAUGAAGAAAAUGCUAGAAACAGAGGAAUUGAAAAACAAAAGGUUGUUGGAAGUGUUUAAAAAGACAAGCAAAGAUUUACGUGAAGUAUGCUACCUUCUGAUGGGCUAUAAGAUAGACAUACCAUGUACUAAUAAGUACAAAAUCACCAGUAUGUUUGCUGCAUCUCCUGAAGAUUUCUUCAUGUUUGAGCAAUCCCCAAGUGGAGAAGUUCAGUUUUUAGCCUCAGACUUUGCUGAAACUUUACAGGAUCACAUAGAAACAUACAUCUCUAAAGGUAACUCCAUCCCAGCAUUCCUUAGCGCUGUGACACUGGAGUUGUUUAAUCAACAGACUGUCUGUCAUGACAUGUGAAUUAUAUUGAAUCAUAUCAUAUAAAAACAUUGCUUCAUUAAAUUGUGUAAAAAAUGAAA